GUCAAAUUAAUCUGAACUCACUUCAGUCCGUGAGAUGGACACUUUUCCUAUUCUGGGGAAAAGAUCACGGGGAUCCUUUACCCUAAAUCAUUGAUUGUCAAGUCGUUUGAAAGGGAUAUAGGAGAGGACUACAGACGGGAGCACCAGUCCCCAUGUUCAGGCGCAAGGACCAGCGUUUUUUUGCGACUGGAGAUUAGCUGUAAAAGUGGAUCAAGGAAAGCAUGCGCUAAUGGAUCAAACAUACGGAGAAGUCAACCAGCUCGGGGGUGUAUUUGUUAAUGGCCGACCUCUUCCCAAUGCUAUCCGAGCAAGAAUCGUAGAGUUGGCCCAGCUCGGAAUAAGACCUUGUGACAUCAGUCGACAAUUGCGCGUCUCGCAUGGUUGUGUAAGCAAGAUCUUGGCAAGGUACAACGAAACGGGUUCGAUUUUACCCGGUGCAAUUGGAGGAAGUAAACCACGAGUAACAACACCAAAUGUAGUGAAAAGCAUUCGGGAGUACAAGCAAGGAGACCCUGGGAUAUUUGCUUGGGAAAUCCGUGACCGACUUCUCGCGGAUGGAGUUUGCGACAAGUACAACGUUCCUUCAGUGAGCUCCAUUAGCCGAAUUCUUAGGAACAAGAUUGGAAAUCUGUCGCAACCGAAUCAGUAUGAAAACAGCAAGCCACAACAUCCACAGAUACCAUACAACCACAUGUAUCCAUACUCCUAUUCCAAUCCAAUGUCUCCUACCGGGAACAAGCUGGGUAACGCACCUGGAGUGCCGGUACACGGAGGGCACGUCAGCCUGUCGCGGGCCUGGUCGUCGAUGCACACUGUUGGCAAUUUUUUAGGUAUACGGGCCUUCAUGGAUCCUUCAGCUAUUGCUGGAGCUGAGGGCUACCAGCCGAAGUUAGAGGAUUGGACUAGCGUGAACCGAGCCACAUUUCCCUCUGCACACGCCAUCAAUGGCAUCGACAAGUCUCCCAUAGAAGCGGAUAUCAAAUAUCCACAGACCUCGUCGAGCCUCUCCAGUUAUGUUCAAGCUUGUGCGUACUCUCCAGCCAAUCAAUAUGGGGUAUAUAGUGGCCCGGCUGGUAGUUAUGUGACUGGACAUCCAUGGCAGUCCCAAGGAGCCACGCUGUCUCAUCCCAACAACGCCACAGCCAUGCAUGCGUCAAACCUGCACUCCCCUAUGGCCUUCAAACACUCACGAGAAGCUGGGAACAGAAAACCUCCGAGUCCUCUGAGCAAGCACCAGCACGAGACCCUGAGUAGCGUGCACGGGCUCGCGCUCACUACCUCAGGCUCCUAACUGCAGAACACAUGCAUGUAGUUCCGAGCAGAGUGACUACACCAAGGAAAAGGGAAACGGUUGUGGACACGCACUUUCAUGACUUUUCAGUAAGUUAAGAGGUUGUAGUAAGCCAAUUUGCUGAAGACGGACACGACAUUAGUCUCCCCCAAACUUUAAGAAAGACAGGACUGCAAGAUUGAAUGCAGUACAUUUCUGCAAUAUUUGCAGGGGUCUUUGUCUUUUGACUCGCCCAUCUUAAUACUUGUCUGGAAGAAUUCUCAUGGUGGCACAAAUGUUUAUGGCAAGCUUAAUGUUCGUAGCGGCUCGGUGGAAAACGUUACCUUAUUUGUUUGUGAGCAUGCAUACAUUAAAACAAAACAAAAUAUUGUCAAGCGGAGGAGCCAGAAUGUAUUGUUAGUGAGCAUGUCUGUAAAUGUUAACUAUUUUUGAAAGGUUUAUUAUAUAUAUUUUCUAAAUAAAUUCCUUUGUAAAUAUGAUUAAUAAAGGCAUGUAAAAAGAAAGGACAUCUCUAAUAUUGUCCAGCUACUUGGUUUAAUAUACCAUUGUUUACUUUCUACAGCGAAAUAUUUAUAAAUACCAACCAAAUGUGAAACGUCAAUGUUGAUUACAUCACACAAAAGUAGGCUGCCUCGCUGAUUGUAUGCAAUGAUAAUUCAAUUGGCCAAAAGCCUGUAUACAAAGUUAAUUAUUUCUACUUUCAUCUUACCAUGCUGCCCCUCUUGUUUGUGCUAACUGGAGUUAAUGAUGCUAUGCACUGAACGGCGCCUCUGGAGAUGCUAUCUUAGCAGUGUGCUAUAAUGCCUGAACUUUCGUUUUUGCCUCUUCUGUGUUUUAUAAAACUAUAAAGCUAUGGAGCUAUAUAGCAAAUCAUUACAGUUUUCGAUUUUAUUACAUUUUAUACCUUGCAAGAACUCUUCAUAGAUUUUGUUCAGGCCAAUAAACGCUUAUGUGAAAACGACGCAAACAA